AUGCCAUUCUCUCACCACAGCCACUCAGGCCAGUUCUGCCCCGGCCACGCGCAGAACUCACUAGAAGAAGUCAUUCAAACAGCCAUCAGCAAGAAAAUGGAAGUCUUCUGCCUAACAGAGCACAUGCCCCGCCAUAAAGAAGACUUUUAUCCCGAAGAAAUCGAAGCCGGCCAAACAGAAGCCUGGCAUGAAACCAACGAAGCAGCCUACUUCGAGGAAGCACAGAAACUGCGCACAAAAUAUGCGUCUCAGAUCCAGAUUAUCAUCGGUUUCGAAUGCGAUUGGAUCAGACCCGAGUCUAAAGAUUUAAUCGAUCGUUCAUUGAGUCGGUUUCCGUUUGAGUUUUUCAUCGGCUCUGUUCACCAUAUGCAUACUGUGCCUAUCGAUUUUGAUAGGCCUAUGUAUGAACAGGCAAGGGAACUUGCUGGUGGGAGUGAUGAGAGACUCUUCAAAGACUAUUUUGAUGCGCAGCUUGAUAUGUUAACGCAAUUGAAGCCGUUGGUUGUGGGUCAUUUUGAUCUUAUUCGACUUAAGAGUGAUGAUAUGGAACGGAGCUUUACGACAUGGCCUGGUGUUUGGAGUCGGAUUUUGAGGAAUUUGGACUUUAUUGCUUCUUAUGGUGGUAUGCUGGAAUUGAAUGGGGCGGCAUUGAGGAAGGGCAUGAGUGAGCCGUAUCCCAAGGGGGAGAUUUGCAAGGAGUUCAUGGCGCGUGGGGGUCGCUUCUGUCUUUCCGAUGACAGCCAUGGAGUUGAUCAGGUUAGUCUCAACUUCCAUCGAGUACUGGAGUUCUUGGAUCGCACGGGCAUCACACAACUACACUACCUGCAGGUAGCGGAGUCGUCGGAAUCCUUCACAGCAUCCGAUGCACGGUUCCCACGUACAAAGAUCUCAUCAGUCUCGUUGGAAGAGGUAAAACAGAUGCCAUUCUGGGGGGAUCUAUAG